AUGUCUGGCAGGUCAGUCCGCGCGGAGACCCGGAGCAGAGCGAAAGAUGACAUCAAGCGGGUUAUGGCCGCAAUUGAGAAAGUACGAAAAUGGGAGAAAAAAUGGGUGACAGUGGGAGACACGUCUUUGCGAAUUUUCAAGUGGGUUCCAGUGACCGAGCCCAAGUCAGACGACAAAAAUAAAAACAAGAAGAAAGGCAAAGAUGAGAAAUAUGGUUCAGAGGUCACCACCCCAGAGAACAGCUCUUCUCCCGGCAUGAUGGACAUGCACGAUGAUAACAGCAACCAAAGUUCUAUAGCUGACUCCUCUCCAGUCAAACCAGAAACAAGUUGCAGCACAAGCCCUGCACCAGAGGCCAGCACAGUUUCCCAGAGUGAUGGAAAUGAGGCCAAGUGUGAGCAAAGUCAGUCUUCUGACAAAGACACUCAGGCUGAUGACCACAAGAAAGGUAACACUAACCCCGCCCCCGAGAACUCGGAGCCGAGCGCGUGCAAGAGAGACCCCCCGCCCUCGGGCGAUACAGAGCCUAUAUCUGAGACCACCAAAGUCACUCAGGAAUUAGAGGACGAAGCCCCUCCAAGUAAGAAGAGUCGAGUGGAGUCUCCUGCUCAGGACACAGAGGAGAGUUAAACUGUUGGCC